CUUUACCUGGAACGGGAGUUACGACAAGAGCUCUAUUUAUUGUGAUAUACCAUAUACAAAAUUUUUGAAUAACGCAAGUGUUUUGCCCAGUGUAAUAGCAAUGCGAUCGCUUUACCGAUUAUUCAUAUUUUAUAAUAUAUUUGCUCUUAUCCGAACAGAAGCCGGUGAAUUUGAGAAAUUAAUUAUUCCACCGUCCUAUGCAAAAGCGUCCAAUGGGAAUUCGAGUGCUUCCCACUCGGUGGCCGCUCGCUCCUACGCUGGUGGCCAGGGCACGAAUACGGAGUGCUCCUUUGGCACCGAGUGUACGCCGCUGCACGACUGCACGGCAAUGAUCUAUGAGGUGGCGAAGAACUGUUAUUACGGCGACAAGUCGCUUUAUUGCGGCGGUGGCGAGGAGAUGCCCUACGUGUGCUGCCCGAGCAGUCCACUGGAGAAGAAUCAGGUGUGCGGCAAGUCGCUUGUGCAGGGACAUUUCUACAAGGGACUCGGCUCGUAUCCUUUUGUGGCUCGCGUGGGCUUUAAGCACAUAAGCACGGGCGCCUUUGCCUAUCCGUGUGCAGGAUCGAUCAUUGCCCGGCGUGUCAUCCUGACCGCCGCCCAUUGUGCGUUGGCCAAGGCCGAUGGCCACCGGCUCUCAUCGGUGCGCGUUGGCGAGUAUGACACCUCCAGUGAUCCGGACUGCGCCAGCACUGGCUUCUGCGCACCACGGUCUGUGAAUCAUGCGAUCAGCCAUGUGAUUGUGCAUCCAGACUAUAAGCAAGGCCAAUAUCAUCAUGACAUUGCGCUGCUGGUGCUCAAAACACCGCUCAAUUACUCGGUGGCCACCCAGCCGAUCUGUUUGCAGAAGACACGCGCCAAUUUGGUGGUGGGCAAGCGGGCGACCAUUGCCGGCUGGGGCAAGAUGUCCACGUCGAGCAUACGCCAGCCGGAGAUGUCGCAUCUGGACGUACCGCUGACCAGCUGGGAUCUGUGCCUGCGCAACUAUGGCUCAACGGGCGCACUCGAAUCGCCCAAUUCAAUUGAGGGCCAAUGGAUGUGCGCCGGCGGCGAGGGCAAGGAUGUCUGUCAAGGCUUUGGCGGUGCGCCAUUGUUCAUCCAAGAGAACGGCAUCUUCUCACAGAUCGGCAUCAUGUCCUUUGGCUCAGACAACUGCGGCGGACUUCGCAUACCCAGCGUAUACACGAGCUUGGUCUACUUCCAGGAGUGGAUACACGACAACACGCCACCGGAAUAAGCCAGCAUCCUCGUCCAGCAGACAUUUCCCUAACCUAAGCGUAAAACUUAAAUGUACAUCAAUAUAUGGUAUUUAUAUAUGUAUGUAUGUAGAA